GCUUAUAGUUUAUGGAACGUCAACUUGUGUAAUUUGCUGUGACUCUUACAAAUCAUUAGAUAUUUUCUUUAAUUAAAUAUAAUAAUUUAUCUUUUAAUCUCGAAAGUAAUUGUGGUUUCCUUAAAUUUAUGACCUUCGAGAAGUGCAUGAGUCACUAGUGUUACUUUAUUUGACACUAAAGAUUCGAGAAACAAUCAAAAAUGUCAUCGAGAACAUACAUUUAGCAUAGUGGUUGAAACAUUUGGCGUUCAUAGGCAGCUUUCUCAUAACUGGUCGUCUUCAUAAGCGACCAAUCUUCUUUUAAUUAAUAGAGAAUCAUCCAACAUUUUCGAGUAUAAGUAUCAUGAAUGUGGUCAAAGUGGUUGAGAGGUGGUGCCGCGAAGGUGGUUAAUUCCCCUUUGCUUUCUUGAGAUGAUUGAAAGUGUAUCACGACGAGCUUUGAGUGGCUCCAGUGGGAGCUACCACGUCCGAGGAGCAGAACUGGCGCGAGACAGGAGAUUGAAGUCUCUUUCAGCAACUGUUGUUUUUCUUGAUGAGACUCAACAUACAUUUCAACUUGAUAAACGUGCAAAGGGACAAGUUCUACUAGAUCUUGUAUUUCAACAUUUAGAAUUAAUUGAAAAAGAUUAUUUUGGUCUUCAAUAUGCGGAAAAUGGGACCAUAAAUUCCUCGAGUCCUAAUCCAGACGUAAUGAGAUGGUUGGACCCUUCUAAACUCGUGAAAAAGCAAAUAAGAAGUAAGGAAUUUUUCUACUUUUUCUCUUCAGGUGGACAAUUUUUCUUUAGAGUGAAAUUUUACGUGUCAGAUCCAAGUAAAUUGCAAGAGGAAUACACUAGAUAUCAAUUUUAUUUACAAAUUAGAAGAGACAUUUUACAAGGAAGAUUGCAACUUCCUUCGAGCACUGCUUGUCUCAUUGCUAGUUAUACUGUUCAAUCUGAAUUGGGUGACUAUCAACCGGAAGAACAUGGUCCAGGUUAUCUUUCCCGUUUACAAUUGAUUCCCGGUCAGAACGAAGAAAUGGAAAAGAAAAUUGCAGAAUUGCACAAAUUACACAAAGGACAGCUGCCAGCAGAUGCUGAAUUCAAUUUUUUGGAUCAUGCUAAACGACUGGAUAUGUAUGGAGUCGAAUUGCAUAAGGCAAGGGAUUCGACGAAUAAGGAAAUACAAUUGGGUGUCACGUCUAUAGGAUUAGUUGUCUUUCAAAAUAACAUCAGAAUCAAUAUAUUUUCAUGGUCGAAAAUUGUGAAAAUUUCCUUUAAGCGCAAACAAUUUUUUAUUCAACUUAGAAGAGAACAGUCGGAAAAUUAUGACACUCUAUUGGGCUUCAACAUGCAAACAUAUCGUAGUUCGAAAAAUUUGUGGAAGGCCUGCGUAGAGCAUCAUACAUUCUUUCGACUUCACAGUCCUAAGAUGAGACCACGACGGUUUCCACUGACAUUGAGCAGUCGAUUCACGUAUUCGGGUCGCACGGAAUUCCAAACAGUUGAGGAUGGUAAACAUCGAGCAAGAGUCGAGAAAACAUUUAUAAGUGUUUCGUGCAGAUCACCGAGUAAACGAUUAGUACACGGUGUAACGCAAGCUCCGACUGUCGAGGAAAAAGGAAAAGUUGUUCCACCUCCCGCAAGACCACCGAGGCCAUAUGACAAUAAAGUACAGUCUCUUGGUGCCCGUGAACCACGUCAAGCAUGGGGUGAAGGAAAUCCCAGUGAUGAUGAAGGCGGUUUUUUAUCAACUAGGGAAGAUAUCACAGCAACGCACACACAGGGUGGGGCAUUUUCUCCCGUUUUAGGAUCUCGAGUCAUUAGUUAUGCUGAUGACGACACGGCUGUCGAACGGAAUAUCUACGAUAUUCCCGAUUACAGUGAACCCGCUAGUUCACCGCCUCCACAGCAAAUUCUAGAAGAUGGUUUAGUGGCAAUUCGAUUAACGCCAGAUGAACAAGGUAGAUUUGGAUUCAAUGUGAAAGGUGGAUUAGAUUUGGAAAUGCCAAUUUUGGUAUCUCGCGUUGCUCCCAAUACACCUGCAGAUCGUUGUUAUCCGAAAUUAAAUGAAGGCGAUCAGGUUGUUUACAUAAAUGGAAUCGAUGUAAAUGGAAUGUUACACGAGCAUGUUGUAAAUUUAAUUCGACAAUCGCGCGAUACUGGCACCGGUGAAUUAACAUUGACAGUACGACCCAAUGCUUUAUAUAACGCUCUUGCUGGCACUGAUGAAAAUUCUGAGGAAGAACCACCUUACAGAUAUGUGCCCGAUGUACCACAUACGGCGGUUGGUUCUGAUGCUCUUGCACAGUCAAUGCUUCUUCUUGCUGAUGGCUUAGCUAGUGGAGCUCUUAUCGCGCAAUACGAACAACUUUAUAGAAAAAAUCCUGAAUUGACAUCGUUGGAGUCAAAGAAGGCGGAAAAUCAAAAUAAAAAUCGAUACAGAGAUAUUUCACCAUACGACGUGACACGGGUAAUUUUGAUGGGAUCAGUGAAUGGUGAUUAUAUUAAUGCCAAUUAUGUGAAUAUGGAGAUACCAGGUUCGGGUAUAAUCAAUAGAUAUAUAGCAACACAAGGACCAUUAUCAUCGACGGUGGCAGAUUUUUGGCAAAUGGUUCUCGAAGCUGGCAGCACACUUGUUGUAAUGUUAACAACGCUAGUGGAACGCGGCAGAACCAAAUGUCAUCAAUAUUGGCCACUUCUUAAUGAAACGCUUACGUUAAGGAACCUCACGCUCACAUCUACCUCGGAAAAAGUGGAAGAUACUUUUGUCUUUCGUGAAUUUAUACUUCGUGAUAUCAAUACAGGUGAAGAGAGAGAUAUAACGCAUAUGCAGUAUUGUGGAUGGCCAGAUCAUGGCGUACCAAAUGAUUGGAGACAAUUUACAACGUUCACUGAACGUGUUAGAGCAGCACGAACAGGAAUUGUGGAACCGGCAGUUGUUCAUUGUUCCGCAGGAAUUGGACGAACUGGCGUUCUUGUUCUUAUGGAAACUGCAUUGUGUUUGAUAGAAGCCAAUCAACCUGUAUAUCCUCUCGAUAUUGUUCGAUCGAUGAGAGAUCAACGAGCAAUGAUGAUACAGAAUGCUAGUCAAUAUAGAUUUGUGUGUGAAGCUGUUCACAAAGCGUACAAUGAAGGCAUUGCAAAGCCACUUCCAGAAUUCAGUAGGUGAGAUUUGUUCACAAAUUUCUCAUUAGAUGUGCGUAUAUCAUUACGAACAAUAUUUAUAAAAAAAGAAAAUGAAUGUGGUCAACACAAUUUAUAUAUAUACGCUGACAAUAACGCUCAUCAAACCUGCUAAAAUAUAAAGUAAAUAAGAGGAAAUAUUUAUUGUGCAGAAAAUUAGAUUUUAAAAAAGAAUUUAUAUAUAUAUUAAGAAAAAAAAUAUCUAUUAGGCUAUUUAUAUUUUUUUCUGAUAGAAUAGACGAAUUGCUUCAUGAAAAAAAAGAAAGAAAAAAGUGCAUUAAUUGUGCAUAUUAAAUAUGUCAACGAUUUAUUAACAUUAUUAUUACGCCCUAGUAAAUUAACAAAAGAAAAAUGACCAUAAAAUGAAAAAAUAAUAAGCUGUCGUCUAAAUAGUAUUCAUUGCAAAAGUGAUCUUUAAAAAUUAAUUUUAUUUAAUAUUAAUUGCUACCAUUAGUUCACUUUUAAUUCUAACUGAACAGAUGAAAAUUUUUUUGUCCCCUAACAAACAAAAGAUAAGAUUUAAUAUCUUUUGGAAAAAUAUUUAAAUCAAAUUAAUUUAUAACUAAAAGCAAUUGAAUUAAUUUGAAUUUGGAAUAAAAAAAAUAAUGUUGUUUUUUUUUUUUGUUCUUUUAAUGUUAGUUUGUAAUUUUAAAAUUCACGCUAUUUAUUUCACUGUUCUAUUAAAAUGUCUUUCAUAAAUUGUAAGUUAAUGAUAGCAAUUAUUCUUAAUUAAUUAUAAUAAUAUACGUAUGGGCUCUAUUAGGUAUAGAAUGAACAAAGUUUUUUCUUAUAAGUAAAAAGAAAAAUAGAAAAUCAUAUUGCCAUUCUUGCUUUAAUAAUUUGAAUCCAAUGGCACAAAUUUACGUCACUGUGCCAAAUGGCACAAAAUAGAUCCAAUUUUAAAAGAAGAAAAAAAGAAUUGUAUUAUCCGAGUUACAGUAAUCGAAUCAAAUUUAGCAAUAGAAUUUUAACAGAUUUUAUUAAUCACACAAUCAAAUAGUAAUAAUUAAUAUUUAAAUCUGAUAUGAAAGUUUUUUUUUAUACAAAAAAGAAAAGAAAUUGUAAAUGGAUUAUAAAAUCCCUUUAUAUUUUUACUAUGCAAUUUAAAUGAAAAAUAAAAUUUUUUCAAAUCUUUAAAGAGAAAGAAAAAAAAUUUUUCUUUUUCAAUCAUUCUCUUCAUUGAAAUUAAUUUAUUGUCAUUUAAUUUUUUGAUUAAUUUUUUUAAUAUAGCAUAUGAUAUAAAAAAAAAGAUAGAGAAAAUAUUUUUACGCUCUACAUUCUCUUUUUUUUUCGUCAAAAAUAAUUUCCCAUUAAAAUAUUUCUCAAUAUUGAAAAAUUCAUUAAAUUUUGAUAAGAAAUUUAUUAAAUAAUAAAAAAAGAAAUGUCUGACAUUAAAAAAAAUUUGGAUAUGAAAAUUUUUUGAACCAAGUUUAACUUGAAAUAGAUUUGAAAUAGAUUUUAAAUAUUAAAAGAAAUAUGUAAGAAAAUUUACAAAGAAACAAAUAUAAAAAGGAAAAAGAAAAUUUUAAUUUAAUUAUAAUUGCAAAUAUAAUAGAAAUAAAAAAAAGAAAUUAUUACCGAGACUUUGAAUGUGAUAAUAAUCACUUUUGUUUUCAAAGGCCCAACAACAGUGCCUUUGUAAAUAAAUUGAUAUUUGAGCGAUUUUAACAUAAUCGCACACGAAUUAAUUAUUUUCUUUUUUUUUUUUUUUUUAAUUAUUAAUAAUAAUAAAUUUAUUUGCAGCUUUUUUUUCAUUGCGUAUAUUAUAUAGUCAAACGUGUAUAUUUUUAUACUUUUAUUUUUGAGCGUAUAUAUACCUUUUAUAAUUUAUGUUCCAACAAUCAUAUGUAAAUAGAGUUUAAUGAAUGUGCAGAAAAAACUUUAUACAAGAUUUAAUUGAACUCUUAUUAUAUUAAUAAAGAAGAUUUUCUUUUUAGUAGACACGCGUAUCAUUGUAUUAGCCAUUGUGAAAUGUUGAUCUUAUAGGCAAAGUAUCAAAAUGUUUUUAAUUAUAAUGCUCCUUUGCGCAAAGCUAUAUUCGCAGCAUUCAAUUUAUAUUAAGAAAAAAAAUAUGAUUGAUUUUAAUUAUGUAGUUGGUUUAAAAAAAGUGUUUAAUUCAGUAUUUGUUAUGUGAAUUGUAAUUUUAUAUUAUAUAUAUAAAAUAUAUGAAAAGAAAAGUGUAGUACAAAGUAUCAAUGACGCUCAACGUCAUUUGUCACUUUUUUGUCCUAUUUAAAGACUAAUCAGAAUUGGAGCAGAUAUCAUAUUAUGUAAUAUUCGAUUUUUCGAUUAAUGCUGUGUAGUUAAGAUGAAAAAAAAUUUACUUGGUAAAAGCAGUCGGUAGCUGUCUAGUCUCGUUAUAAAUUUGUACUUUUGAAAUAUCGAAUAAAAUGCAUUUUACAAAAUGUUUCA